CUUAGAUGAGUUCUUAACUUUGUUAACCUAUAAACAUAAACAUCAAAAUAAUAUAUUUUAAACUUAAUUUUAAAAAUGGAAUCUGAAGAACAUACAAUGGCAUUAAAAGUGAUGAGGCUGACUAGGCCUACCUUAGCAAGUCCCCUACCCAUUACUUGUGAUAGUAAAGAUUUGCCAGGUAAUUUACUGAACAAUGCCUUGCAGCAAGAUCCUACUUCUGUAGAAGGCACUGAAACCUUAUCUGUAGGACAAUUUUUGCUUUUACCACAGACUCCAGUUAAUAUAUAUUUAGGAGAAACUUUCUCCAGUUAUAUCUGUGUUUAUAGUGAAGCUAAAGAAACUGUUAAAAAUGUUAAUGUCAAAGUUGAUUUGCAAACUAGUGCUCAAAGAUUAUCAUUGUCUUCAAAUCCAACUACAGAUCAACUUCCCCCUGAUAAGACAAUUGAUAUUGUUAUACAUCAUGAAGUAAAAGAAAUAGGAACACAUAUAUUAAUAUGUGAAGUUACAUAUCAACCAUCGGAUGGCGCUCCCAUGUCAUUUAGGAAAUUUUUUAAGAUUAUGGUUUUAAAGCCAUUAGAUGUUAAGACAAAAUUCUAUAAUGCUGAAAAUGACGAUGUAUAUUUAGAAGCACAAGUACAAAACAUAACAGCUGGUCCUAUAUGUUUAGAAAAAGUGGCUCUAGAUGCUUCACAUUUAUUUAAUGUGGUUUCACUAAAUUCAAAUACAAAAGGUGACAGUAUAUUUGGCAAAAUGACCAUUCUUCAACCUCAAGCUAUCUGCCAAUUCCUGUAUUGCCUAGUGCCUAAUGAAAAAUUAUCGUCAGAUUUAAAAUCAUUAAGUGGAGCAACAAAUAUUGGUAAAUUGGAUAUUGUCUGGAGAUCCAAUUUGGGUGAGAGAGGAAGACUGCAAACUAGUCAACUUCAAAGGAUGAGUCCUGAAUAUGGAGAUAUAAGAAUGACAAUAGUAGAACUGCCAAAUUUCGUUACUUUGGAGGAACUUUUUACUUUCAAAUGCAAACUUAUUAACAAUUGUGAGCGGACAGUUGAGCUUAUUAUUUAUUUAGAAAACGUAGAAGGUAUUGGGUGGUGUGAUAUUUCUGGAAGACAACUAGAACCCCUGCUUCCCCAUUCCCAUACCGUUUUAGAAUUCAGAUGCAUUCCAUUGCUCCCAGGACUGAGAACACUUUCGGGAAUAAAAUUACUGGACACGUUCCUAAAACGUACAUAUACCUAUGACGAAUUAGGUCAGAUUUUCGUUGUUGCCGAUCAUAAUACACAAGAGACAUCCGAUAAUAAUACAAAAGAGACAUCCGAUCAUAAUACAAAAGAGACAUCCGAUAAUAAUACAAAAGAGACAUCCGAUCAUAAUACAAAAGAGACAUCCGAUCAUAAUACAAAAGAUACAUCCGAUCAUAAUACAAAAGAGACAUAAUAAAGUGAUUAAACUAUGUAUAUAUCGAUAUUAUAAUUAUUUUGUUGAGUUAUCAGUUUAAAAUAUUUAAAGUUUGUGAGAUUUGAACAGUUAUACAACUUGUUUGAAACUUUAACAUCAUUUGUAAUUAGAAAUACACUUGAAAUUUUUACAACAAAAUUACCUGUUGGAUAUUCAGCACCAUCUUUAGAGCUACGCAUUAAGGCAUUAAUUAUUGCGUACUAUCACGUCAUCAGAUAAGAAAAGCAUUGUAUCAUCAUCGUCCAAGGACAAAUAGAGGGACGAAAGAAGAAAUCUUGGCUGAGAAAUAUCAGAUAUUGGACUAACCGGUGUUGAACAAAUAUUUUAUGUUGCAAAAGAUAGGGAAGUGUUUAAAGAAGUGAUCGUAAACCUUCGUUAGAAGAUCGUACAAUAAGAAAAAGAUGACAUUAUCAAAUCAAGAACAGUAAAUGAAUAGUACCUACGAGUGAAAGUAAGCUCAAAUGUAUGACCCUUUAUUCUUUAUGCCAAAAUUAAAUAUAUAACACUAAAUAUUUUAAACAUCAUAAUUAGUCCUAAUGUUCAGUUUAAUAUUUAUUUUUAACUUUAAACUAUGACCUUAUAAUUAUUGUAAUAAAUAUAAUUUUUAUAUGUUCUUUUAAUAUGUAUAUAAAUGUAAUAAAAAACGUAUUUAUCAAA